AUGGCGUGCCAAAACAAUGAAAAAGACAGCAGCACGCAUGUUCAUGCCAACGACAACUGCAGCAAGCUUUUUGGUUUCAAUCCAGACUGCCCGACUGCCCCAGCUUUCUGUGACGCCAUGGCUUUGGGAGGACUUGCCGGAAUCAAUUGCCACUGCGAGUGGGGCCUGACGGGUCUCUUGGGUGGAAUCGUGAUCAUGCUGGCGGCAGGCGUCUUCACCGCGUUGCCAGUCUUCUUUGGCUGGUUCUGCUACCAGUGGUACUACGCCCUGUGCUGGUUUUGGUUCCUCCUCGGUGUCGCCAUGACUGUCUUCGGAGCUUUCUACGAAUGCUUCUGCUCCAAGCCCGUCUACAAGGCUACCCAGGCACGUGAGUGGGCAGAAGAGGAUGGCUCGGGAGCAGUGCCACCGACACCCUACAUUAUGAUCCAGUGA